AUGGCGUCGGCGGUGUUCUUCCUCGACCUCAAGGGCAAGACCCUUCUGGCGCGCAAUUACCGUGGAGAUAUUCCCAUGUCCGCCGUCGAAAAGUUCCCCGUCCUGCUCAGCGAGGCCGAAGAAGACAGCUCCGCCGUGCCGCCAUGCUUCUCCAACGAAGGCAUCAACUACCUCUACAUCCGUCAUAACAACCUCUACCUCCUCGCCCUCACCAAGCGAAACACCAAUGCCGCCGAGAUCCUCCUCUUCCUGCACAAGAUCGUCGAGGUCUUCACCGAGUACUUCAAGGAGCUGGAGGAGGAGAGUAUACGAGACAACUUUGUUGUCAUCUACGAGUUGCUAGACGAGAUGAUGGAUUUUGGGUACCCACAAACGACCGAGACGAAGAUAUUGCAGGAGUACAUCACACAGGAGUCGCAUAAGCUGGAGGUGGCCCGGCCACCGAUUGCAGUCACCAACGCAGUCAGCUGGAGAAGUGAAGGUAUCCGGUACCGCAAGAACGAGGUCUUCCUCGACGUCAUCGAGUCGCUCAACUUGCUCGUCUCUGCAGACGGCAAUGUGCUACGGUCUGAGAUCCUGGGAGCUGUCAAGAUGAAGUGCUACCUGUCCGGUAUGCCCGAGCUGCGGUUGGGCCUCAACGACAAGGUCAUGUUCGAGACCACCGGCAGAGCGACGCGCGGAAAGGCCGUCGAAAUGGAAGACGUCAAGUUCCACCAGUGCGUGCGCUUGUCACGAUUCGAAAAUGACCGGACCAUCUCCUUCAUCCCGCCCGAUGGUGAAUUCGAGCUUAUGAGCUACCGCCUGAACACACAAGUCAAGCCCUUGAUCUGGGUCGAGUGCAUAGUAGAGAGUCACUCCGGCAGCAGGAUAGAGUACAUGUUGAAGGCGCGAGCACAGUUUAAGCGGCGGAGCACAGCCAACAACGUCCAGAUCUCGAUACCCGUACCCGAAGAUGCAGACACACCCCGCUUCCGAACCAACAUCGGCACCGUACACUACGCCCCCGAAACAUCCUCCAUAGUAUGGAAGAUUAAGCAAUUCGGUGGCGGCAAGGAGUUCCUCAUGCGCGCGGAGCUAGGUCUGCCCUCCGUGCGAGGCGACGAUGAGAAAGGUGGCGGCAUGAUGGGUGGCUUUGGUGGAAGUAUGGGCGGUGUUGGUGCUGGCAAGGGAAAGAGACCGAUCAACGUCAAAUUUGAAAUCCCCUACUUUACAACAUCGGGUAUUCAGGUCAGGUAUCUGAAGAUUAUUGAACCGAAGCUGCAAUAUCCUUCCCUGCCGUGGGUGCGGUAUAUUACACAGUCUGGAGACAUUGCGGUGCGAUUACCAGACGUGAACUAGUACUUGCGUGGACCGUAAUCGACGAUAUGUAUACCAAUAACAUCAUGCAGCGAGCUUUGCUGUAUUGUUUGCA